GUUUCCUAUUCCAUUAAAAUUAGAAGAAUUAUUAUAUUCCCGCAAACUUCCCUUCAUUUUAUACAUGACUAGCAAUCUCAUUUGCUCCGGCACGUUAAGUAGCGUAUUUCCGGCUUGACUCCUCCCUCUCCGGCCAGCUGCAAUGAAUCACCGCCUCCUUGUCCUCCGCACAGUCAUCGGCAUCAUCGGUCAUCUCUUCAAUCCUGUCUUUCUCCCUAAAUCUCUUUUAAAUGCGGUGUGUGUUUAUAUGUAUUUAUCUCGCCUGGCAUGAAUGCUUCCUAUAUAUCUGUGUAACACAACUGAUAUUGAUCGAUGUAUUAGCUUAAACUUUGAUGCUGAGAUACAGCUGCUGGCCGCUGUUUGACUAAAAUUUGACUGAAACUUUGAUAUGAGAUUUGAUCAGACAUUCUGGCUAGCUGAUUAGAGCGUGCUCUAGUUCUGGUUAAAACGUGAUUUUUAUUUCUAUCGAUCUAGCUAUCCGCUUGUGGCUGAACAGAGUUUGCUAGCACUGCGAACAAGUUUUUGAUGUAUGUUGCACUCAUUUUGACCGAAAAUGGUUGGCAGCGAAGACAAUUUGGCUCACAAUUUGGUUGUUGCUUAGAUUGAAGGGAACAUUGUUUCCGCAGCUCUGUUUAUUUCACCAGCACCAACGGUUUACAGAAUCAUAAAAAACAAAUCAGUGGAAGGCUUCCACCCAUGGCCGUACCACGCGGCGCUGAUGAACUGCUUAAUGUGGGUGUUCUAUGCCAUGCCGUUCGUCCAUCGACACAGCACUCUCGUCAUGACCAUAAACGCGGCAGGCAUCGUCUUGGAGCUCUUCUAUCUGCUCGUCUUUUUGUACUUCAACAAUUCAAGAACACGGGCGAGAAUGGUGGGCUUGUUCCUUAUUCAACUGAUUUUGCUUUCUGGGAUAGUUGCUGGGACCCUCCUGGGUGCGCACACCUUAGAGAAGAGAACCAAAAUCGUGGGAUCAUUGUGUGUGGUCUUCGGGAUCAUUUUGUACGCGUCGCCUCUUUCCGUCAUGCUGACUGUGAUCAGAAGCAGGAGUGCGAAGUACUUGCCGGGUUGGCUCAUUGCUUCAGGCUUUGCUAAUGGAAUCCUCUGGGCAGCAUAUGCUUGCAUUAGAUUUGACGUAUUUAUCUUAGUGAGCAAUGGUGUGGGAACCAUCCUAUCCUUCUUGCAGAUUUUGCUCAAACUCUUUUAUGGCAAUGGUCCAAGGCGUGAAGAUGCCAUCCACAAUGUGGAUGACCAGAAUGAAGAUGGCCAGAAUGUGGUUUGACCAUUGGGUUUCCGGACGGUUUUUUGUUUGCAUCUCUGUAUCGGUCUAGUUGAGUUGAUGAUUCGAUUCGUCGUUUUGUCUUGCACUCUUCAGUUCUGAGAAUUUUUCAUGUUCUCUUCUGGGGAUAUCCCACACUCGGCCAGUCUUUUGGCAUGUCUGGCUAGCUACAAGAUGAACAGCAAUGUAUAAACCGAGUACAUAUACACAUCUCUUCAUAAUGUCUUUGUUAUCAACCUUACUAAAGAUGUCUCUUACGGAGUACAGUACUAGUUUUUUUGAGGAGAAUUAUACGUUCUAAAACAAAG